GUUAGGAAUUCACAACCGAGUGCGUAAAUAUUGUCUUUGGAUUUAACCUAGCUGUCUUUACUCUUAUAACGUAGCGCGCUGUUCUUCACAGCUGGGUGGGAUUUUAUCGUUGAGUUGCAGACUGGGUGGUGCGUGAUUCAUUACUCUGCAAACAUGGCGAAACGUAGAAUAACGCAGGAGACGUUUGACUCGGCGGUGAGGGAGAACAUUGAGGAGUUCGACAUGGAGGAGAGUGAAGCUCUGAAGGAAGCAAUCGAGCAGUUUGAGUCUCAGGGUGUGGACCUGAGUAAUAUUGUGAAGGCAGUACCGAAAGCGUCUUCUGAAGAGACCACAGAUGAUCAAACUCAUGAAGUCCUCCAGGCUCUGCAGUCUCUCAAAAGUGCGUUAGAGUCCUCGUCCACAUCCGUGUUGGAGAGUUUAAAGCUCUUCACAGAGCAGUGCUCCCUCGGCUUUGCUCAGCGAUACCUGGCGGCCCAGAAAGACGCCUAUCCCACACUCCUCUCCUGCUGCCAGUCUGCUGGUGAAGACAAUGAAGUGCUCUCUGCUACUCUUGCUGCUCUUUCUGCGCUCACUGAUGGCCAGCCUGAUCUUCUGGACGCUGAGGGUCAGGGCUUUUUGAUAGACACCUUACGCAGCCACCAGGAGGAUCCGGCGCUGAUCUGCCUGGGUGUCCGGACGGUGCGUCACUGCUGUCUGAAGCACGAGCAGAACAGGCAGGACUUGGUGAAGGCCGGAGUGCUUAACUUACUCACCAGUGCCAUAACACAGCACGUUGCACGGCCUGAGGUGGUCAAAGAGGCCUGCAUCGCUCUCAGAGUCAUUACCUUUGAUGAUGACGUGCGGGUUCCUUUCGGCCACGCACACGAGCACGCCAAAAUGAUCGUAUUAGAGCACAAUGGACUGAAGGUCAUUGUAGAUGCUGCUAAAGCCCAUCCCGAGAACAUUCCAGUCCUCAGCGAGCUGUGUGCCACUCUGUCCCGCCUCGCUGUGAGGAACGAAUUCUGCCAAGACAUUGUGGAUUUGGGAGGACUGAAGUUUAUGAUGACGCUGCUAGCGGACAGCUUGGACUGUCAGGACCUUGUAAAGCAGGUGUUGAGUGCAUUGCGGGCGAUUGCAGGCAAUGACGAUGUCAAAGACGCCAUUGUGAAUGCAGGAGGGACGGAGCUUAUUGUCAUGGCGGUAAACCGGCACAUGAGUAAUGCACAGGUGUGUGAACAGGGUUGUGCUGCUCUCUGCGUGCUCGCUCUGCGCAAACCCAAUAACUGCAAAGUCAUCAUGGAGAGUGGAGGAGCUCUGGCUGCGCUGCAGGCCAUGAAGACGCAUCCAGAGGAAGUUAACGUGCAGAAACAAUCGUGCAUGCUGCUCAGAAACCUGGUGUCACGAACACGCGAUUUCAGCCAGCCCAUUUUGGAGAUGGGGGCCGAGGCCCUGAUUGGUCAGGCCCUGGCCUCUCACAGGGACUGCAGUGAUGUGGCGAGAGCCGCUCUCAGAGACCUGGGCUGUCAGGUGGAACUGAGAGAACUGUGGACUGGCAAGAAAGGAAGCCUGACUAACUAAAACACCAAAAAAAAACUGUGGAAGAGGGACUGAACAGUUCAGCUAAUAAUAAAUAUGUACACCAUUAAAGAGUGUUCUUCCAGAACUCUAGAACUCAAGCUCCAGGGUUCCAUUCUUCAUACGUGGAUAAAUGGAAAUGAUUGGAUUUGAUUGGAUUGUUGGUGAUUUGACAUAAUCAUAAUGGUGAUUUGAAAUAAUGGACUGAAAGCACAAAUAAAGUCAAUCACACACAGUGCUACCAUUUCAUUUCAUCCUAUCAUUCGAUUGUCAUUGACAUGCCUGUCAUAACUUUUCGAGGCUUGAUAUAUCAGCACCUUUCAGUCAACAUUUGAGCAUGCAGUUAUCUCACAUAACUGAAUCCUAAAUGCUAAUCUACUUCCCAUUUAAAAUAAUUGCAGUUAUUAAAUCCAUUAUCCAAAAAUGACAUUGUGUAUUUGUUAAAUGAUGUAUGAAGAGUGGAACCUCAGUUAUUAGGUAAUGCACUGUUUGUAGAUUACUCUAAAUGUUGUUACAGUGUAAAUAUUUGAGUUUUACUUUUGUGUUUUUACAUGUUUUUUAGUACGUUUUCAUUUUUCAGUCUCACUGAUCAGAUUUUAAAGGAAUACUCCUUUAACCAAAUCUCCAUUAACUGCAUAUAUAUAGUGUAUGUGUGAUUGAUUACCAAGGACAAUAGUUGUUUACAAUGUUUCCUUGUACUGAAAAACAGAACAGAAAACCUCACUUAUAAUGGAAGUGUAAGGGCAAUUUUUUCAAAUAAAAAAAAAACAAAACAACUAUACUGGAUAUCGAAGUUCAAACCAUGACACUGUACAGGUCUGAGGAGAUAGAUGUAUGAAAAUCUUACAAAAACUAUUUAUAUGGCUUUUUCAUACAGCGUUCCAACAGUGCUGCAAAAAACACGCCUGGUCACUUCCACUUUCUCAGAGUUUCUCUGGUAUCCAUGUGAUUAGGCUGAAACUGGCCAUGGGCCUUGUUUUGUCAAGCCGGAUAUGAAUUAAUUUAUUUGUAAAUAUAUGUGGUAUUUAUAAAAAAUCCAGUUUCAAUCCUACGAGAGCUCUUGACUUUAUGUAAAUUUGCAUAUAAGGAGAAUGUGUACCUUGACUGAUCAGUGUCAAAUUGUAUGUAUGUGUCAAAUUGUAUGUGGCACGGAAUUAAUGAACGUUAUGUGAAACUCAGUUGUAAAUGACUUGAAAGGAAGCGAUCCACAACAAAUCGGUGCUUAUGGUAGCUCACAUGCUGCAGUGGCUGAGCUGUAUUCUCUAUUGAUGUGUGUUGAGUCAAAAUAACUUCCACUUCUGCAUCUUAGAAACUUCUUUUCUUUCACUGAUUAGUUGCCGUUUUGGUGUUUUCAGCUCUCUGUGAUCUUUUUGCCUUUUAUGGAGUGUUGUGGGCAUUACUAAAGGUAAAUCGGCUCUGUAAAUGUGAUUGUUUUUGUGGGUGAUUGUAUGCGUGUCUAAAUCAGCUUCACUGGAACUUCUGACAGAUUUUAGUCCUAUGAACUUUACUAAACAUUUACUAAAUUAUUAAUAACUAAAGCCUUAUAACAACCAAAUUUUUCUGUAAAAAGUUGAAUUCUACAUUUAAUUGAUGAAAAUAUUAUUCAAAUACAAAACCUUUGCAAAACCUGUCCUUAGACCUUCAUUAUAAGUGAGUUUUAUGCAACAGAUUUUCUGCUCUUUUCUCAGUGGGGUUUUUUUUUUUUUUUUUUUUUUUUUUACACUUUGGUAAUUUGUACGCAUUUACAACAUAUGCAGUAGAUAAAGAUUAGGUUAGAAAAAGUAUUUCUUUAAAUCUUAAAAACGCAGUGUGUUCUGUAGCAUGCCUCGCAGCAUGUCUUCCUGGACAAACCUCUGAUUUACUGGUCAUAAAUGUACUUGGUUAAGAAAGGGCUUUGUUUGUGUGGUGGUGUACAUCAGUAUCUGAAAUGUGUCACAUGAUCUGAAAAUCACUUAAGCACGUGUCAUAAAAACGACCGUAAUUUUCCACUGUUAACAUAUUUACUGUGCAUGAGAAGAAGUACAUCGUAAUAUCCCCUACAGUAGUCCAUGUUAAUGAGCUGGACUGUAGAACACAAGACUUUAACAUGAUGUACCAACAUGUGUACAACAGCUGAUCUCAGCUGCCAAUGUGAAUAAAUAAACCUCUGAAUCAAC